AUGGAUUUCUCCACUUGGAACGUUUUUUGGUCAGUGACAUUUAUGUUGAUGGCGACGGUGAUAACUGCAGGUAAUCUCGUUACCAUCGUAAUAUUUAUAAAACAGAAAUUUCUGGAGCGCACCCGUUUCCUUUUGUUAAGCCUGGCCAUGGCGGACACAUUCGUGGGAACCUUAUCAGUUCCUUUGUACAUUGCUGUUGGUAUCCGUCCUCAAGACAACUUGUUGGUACUCGUAUUUCGAUGCGUAGAUGUUUUUACAGGAAUGGUGUCCAUUUUUACCCUUGCUAGCAUUUCAUUGGAAAGAAUGCACGCCAUCGUAUGGCCCUUCCGCCAUCGUGCGCUUAAGUCAUGUUUCUACCCGUGUGCUAUUGGAUUGCCGUGGUUAUUUGGCUUGCUGGGAGUUUCAUCUCGACUGCUCCAUCACUUGAAGGUUAUAUCCCCGCUGAUGCUUUCAGUUACGUCAAACGCAUUUCUCUUGACACCUCUACUGUUAAUAACCACCUCUUACAUUUUGAUAUGGAGAAAAAAACCUCAUGGACCUCAGAACCAAAUUCAGGGAGACAAUCAAAACAACAAACUGGCUAAAACAUUGAUUGUUAUAACGGCAACGUUCCUCUUAACCUGGUGUCCACAUCAGAUUAUAAACCUGAUAUUUUCAUUUUGCAUAUCCUGCAGACGGUCGCCGUAUGCCCAUUUAGUGGUUCACAUCAUGAAGAUAUUUCAGUUCAGUAACUCUUUUAUCAAUGUUAUUGUCUACUCCUUGAGGUUUCAGGAAUACAGACAGACACUGCUUUCCUGUGCCUCUAGCCUGUGA